UAGCGUCCUCACUAUUGGACGUUUUACUUACAAUGAAAUAGAGAACCAUCUGUACAAGUUUAAGAGUUACGUAAACUAUACGUUCAGUUGUUUUCGUUGCGUUUUGAUGAUUAAGCAAAACCCAGAGACUUGAACUUCGAAAAGCAUAAGUAUUUUAUUAGAGCCAUGAACCUUACAUUUCUGAAUUUGAAAUAUUACUAAACUAAAAAGCAACAGAUGGUUGUUGAUAUAUUUCUUGUAUGUAGAGUAAUUUUAAUUAAAAAUAUGUCUGUCGAUUCAAAGUAAUAUUGGCGACAAGUUAUAAAAACUUGUAAUACGAACUUUUUAUUUAUUUGUAAUGCGAUUUUUUUAUUAUUUUUUUACGUGUACACGAAAGGUUAUUGACGAAAAUUUGAGUUAAAAAAUGAUUUCGCGUUUAUUCAGAGCUGUGAUUAUGGGUCCCCCUGGUUCUGGUAAAGGGACAAUCUCUUCGCGUAUACUGCGCGAUUUUGCUUUUAAACAUCUUUCCAGUGGUGACUUGCUUAGAGCACAGAUUCGGGAUGGAACAAUUGCUGGUGUUCAAGCCAGUCAUUAUAUUGAAAGAGGAGAAUUGGUUCCCGAUGAUCUUGUUGUACAGUUGGUUCUUGCAGAAUUACGUUCCCAUCUGAAGGGUGAUAACUGGUUAUUAGAUGGAUUUCCCCGCACGGUACCACAGGCUCAGGCACUUAAAGAGUCCUUCUCCUUGUCUUGUGUUUUGAACUUGAACGUACCGGAUGAGGUUAUCAUCGACAGAAUUAAAGGAAGGUGGGUGCAUGCAGAGAGUGGUAGGACCUACCACACUGAGUUCAACCCUCCCAAGGUCCCUGGCUUUGAUGAUGUGACUGGAGAGCCAUUGGUCCAGAGACACGAUGAUAAACCUGAGACAGUUCGAGCAAGACUGAACAGUUAUAAGAACCAGUCAACACCUGUGCUGGAAUACUACAGACGGCUGUUUGGAGUGUAUAGGAAAACAGGGCUGCUACAAGAAUUCACAGGAAGAGAAUCCAAUGAAAUUUGGCCACGGGUUCGUGCUUAUCUGUCUUCUCUGAUAGAUGUACAGAGAGAGCAAGAUGUUGAUAGAGUUUAGUUACCAGAGAAAAGCUUGUCUUCUUCAGGUUUUUAAGAUCCAAGCUACGCCGCUGUCUUCCCUCAAGUAUCUCUAUAAUUUAAAAAUCAUAGGUUCUAAGAGCAUAAAGAAAUUACCUGUUUUCAUUCAUUAUUCUCAAUUUCAACCAUUAAAAUUGAGUUUAACAUUUAAAAGUUUAUUACUAUAAAUAACUUAUUUUUUGUUAAAGUAUGCUCUUGACCAAUAAUACACUGUGAUUUCACAGGUUAAAUUGAUAAACAUUUUUUAAAAUAUUCACUUUGCUCUGAUUUAUCUCAGUUUAAAAGAGUGGUUGAUGUUAAACUAGCAACCUGAAGAACGAGUGGAAAGGUUUAGAAAUUAAGCUAAAACUUUAUUUUAUAGAUUCAUUCCUAUGUUGAGUUUGUACUGUUUUCAAAAUGUUUAUUUUUUACCAAAUGUAUCUAAUUUUUGUAUCUUGUAAAAACAAACAUGUUAACAAAUCUCUUGUUGUAGUUGGCAUGUAACUGAAGAGACUUUGGUACAGUUCUUAAAUGAGGGAUCACCAUGACUUUGAUAAGAUCAAAUUAAACUUAGUUUUAGUAGUGUUUUUUAUUUUAGAAAAUGUUAUUAUAUACAAAAUAUUAACAGCAACUAUUUUGUAUCUACUCAAGUAAUCUAAGAAGGAAUUUUGCUUGGCUAAAUAGAUUGUUGAGUAAACUUUUAUGUUUAAAGUAUUAAAAAACAUCAAAGUAUUAAUCAGAUUGUUGAGAUUUUUUAAAGUUUAGAUACUUCAUCAUAGAUCAGCAACAGAAUGACUUUUAUUCUACUUUACGUUCUAGAAGAAAAUUUAUCUUGAAGCUAUAUCUAAGGCAUACUUGUUGGCUAUUUUUAUUUAAUCUAGUAUAGUAGAUAAUGAUAAUUUCAUUGUUUUCUGGGUUUAUCGGGAAUCUUUAGGUUUUGACUACAGAAGCAGUAGCAGCUCUCCAGCUAUUGUAAACUGUUUACAUACCGUUACGUGAUAACUUCUUGAACAUGUUAAGUUUAGGGUUUAUUGUAUAUGUUCUUGUUUAGUAACUGAAUUACGGUUUUUUACCACCUGUAGUGGAACAUUCAAACUGUCUUGACUUUAUUGUAAUAAUAUGGUUUUUAUUUCUACAUUCCACAAAGAUUUUUGGUGUCCAAGUUGGGAACAUUCUGUAUUCUGUACGUAUAUGUAAAUACUGUUUUUGUGUGGGACUGUUUAAUACCAGCUGUCGUGUGAUUCAAGAAUAAGUGCCUUUUUAUUUUGUUGAAGUUUCUCUAAACUUUCUGUUGUUUUAUUCUACAGUUUGUAACACCCUAAAAGAGAUAAUGUAAAUUGUGUCGGCUGGUUGGAGUUAAAGAUUGUGCUGAUUUUAAAAUGUAGAAAAUCCUUUCUAAUAAAAUAUUUCGCACAGAAUGUAAGCUAUAUAUAUUUAUACAUUUAAAAGUAUGACAUUUAUUUGUAAUGAAAUGUUACUACUGUAGAUAUUAAGAAUACAUGAUUGCAGAUACACUUAUGUAGCUACAUAGAACUUGUAUAUUUCUCUUUUAUUACUGAUAUAGAAAAACAUCUGAAUCCAAAUACUACUUAUUAUAAUAUUAAAUUCUGAAAACUUAGGUUUUCACCUGUAUGUACACAUUAAGUAAACAUUACAGUAACCAUCUGUAUGUACACAUUAAUUAAACAUUAUAGCAACCACCCGUAU